AUGGCAACUAUUACAAUCAACAAGGCAGGUAAGGUUAGGAAUCAAACACCAAAGGAUCCUGUUGUCGAGAAAGAAAGAAAGAAGUGUGGUCGCUGCAGACAACGCUUGAAGUUUGAGAAGAGGAACGAUAUGGGAUAUUUCGAGGUGGCUGGAAAGAUGAAGCUGAACCCUCAAUCAUGA